AUGGCAAAGUACUUCUCAUUGCUGACUCUGUCUGCAACGUUUCUCAUGACCGGAAGCCCGUUUAUCUCUGCCCAGGACAGCGCGGUCAGUAAAGCCUGGCUGGUCAAAGAACCAGAAGAACACUAUUACCUGGUGAAGAAGAACCCAGCUGUCAUCACCUGCCAAGCCAUGAACGCUACGGAGAUUUUCUUCUCUUGUGUGGGCACCAAAAUUCCCCCGACGUCCGUCGAGGCUGAAGACGUGUCUGAAAUCUAUCCUGGCUUGGUUCAAGCAAAGAUUGAGGUCACGCGAGCUGAUGUUCAGAAUUAUGAAGGUGAUGAACCUUUCUGGUGCACGUGCAGCGCUGUUAGCGACGAUGAUCAAGAGAUAGUCACGAGCAGGAAAGGAUAUGUAUCUGUCGCGUUUCUCAAGAGCAAGUUCACACCCCAGCCUGCAACAGUGACAGUCAGUGUUAAAGAAACUGUGGAGAUCCCAUGUGGAGCACCAGAGGGUCACCCCAAACCCCAU